UUAAUUAAUACUCCUGCCACUUGCCCUACGCUGUUGUUAUUAACGCUUUCGGGACACUAUAUGGGUCCAAUGUCCAACAAAUGUGCUUUACAGAGCAAUACUAGUGAAGUCUUCUAAUAUUGUUUAAGCAAGCACGUAAAAAAAAUCCUACUCUUAACGAAACUGCACACUUUUGUAGAUUGAUUCAGGCAGCGACGAUCUUGCUGUAGUGGAAAACUGUAGGUUGCUCAUUAUCCACAUGAGAAUGAACCACCUACCGAAAAAGUAGACGAAAAACUCGAUAGGAAAACUCUGUAACCGGCCGAACAUCUAGCUAGAUACAAGUAAAUUUCCAUUGGCGACACUAACGUGUCAGUUGUCAAGUUAGGUUAGAGCUAACCUCACUUUUCAACUUCACCGCAUUUUCCCGAGAGUUUUUCCAUCAAAGAAAAUUCGGUGAAACCUUCAAGUGAACAUGGCGCAAAGUUUCCUAACCAUUUUCAGAAAGCCGCUGAAUGCCGGAUUUCUAUCCAAGCUGAAUAAUGUUGCGUUAUCCCCAAUUUACUGUCAAGAUGUGAAACAUCUCUAUUCGAAGACCGCCUUGGGUCUAGACGGGUUUGUGCAACAAAAAGAACGAAUUAAAAUGCAAAUGGCCAGCAUUUCUGACAAGUUCAAAGAUAAAAUGUCCGAAUAUGUGGCUUCUGAAUCGAAAAACCUGAUAUUUACGGAGGAUUUGAAGAAUAUGGUGCAUCUGGCAGAUACAGACAAAGAAAUAGAGUUGGCUAUUCAGAUGACAAAACGUUAUAAUCAGCAAAACCGGUCACUACGGUUUGGCAACUAUAUUUUCGGGCCGGUGAUCAUGAGAAUGUUCUACGUCCAUAACAAGCCCGACUUAGCUGUGGAGUGCUUCAAGUCUGAGGAACUGAGAGGCAUUUUCGAGCAGACAAUUUCCUAUCAGCUCCUGCUGGAUUUGCUCUACGAGAACCAAAAAUAUCAGGAAAUUCUGGACCUUUUCGAAAUCAUCACAGACAAACAAGUCGAGGGGCUGAAGUAUCCGAGACAUGCGGUUGUUCUGGCAAUGGCAGCCUGCUAUAAACUGAACAAUCCAGAGUCUUUGGAAUAUGCUCUGAAACAGUGGAAGAGUCUCAGUGAGUUUGGGCAUCAGGCAAUGCGCAAAGCCACAACGUUUUGCGCCGGUCUAGCACUCAACCAAGGCAAACCAGAAAUAGCAUUGGAACUGUUGACUUCCGUAAAAAACCAAAAUUACACCACUGUGCGCAACCUUAAAGUAGCAUCGUUGGCAGGAGUUGGAAGAGUGGAAGAUGCCAUUCCCAUUCUAAAAGCUGUUCUCAGUGAAGACGUUUCACUUACAGAUUAUAGAAAGGCCCACACGUUCAACAGGGAUGUAAUUGAACGCGUAAAGCAAGCAAUGGCAAGUUCAGAUGAUGCAGAACUCACCUUGGAGUUCAACAGGCUGGAGCAGAUCUUCGAAAAAGAGGGGCACAUUUCAGAUCAAUCUUUAGACGAUCAGCUGUGUUCGGAGAUCCAAAAAACUAUCCAAAACAGGGACAGGGAGUUUAGAGAUAAUUCAGACUUCCAACCGAGAGGGCAGUACAACUAUAACAGGGGGUAUCAGCAAAGGCAGAAUCAGGGCAGAUAUAAUUCUUCCAGGCCUGGAUUGGUCGACCUAGUUUGAUGUAUUUAAGAAAGCAAAUAUAAAAGAAACCAACAUGUUUUUUAA